AUGGCCAAGUGGAGCAUUGUCGCCCUCGCAUUGAUCGGCUGCGCUGUCGCCGAGCCCCCAGUUGGCUACAGUUACUCAGCCCCGUCAUCCCUCAUCUUCGUAGGAAGCAGCCAUGGGUCUCCUCUCAGCAGUGGCGGCCACUACAGCUCGGUUCCCGUUGGUUAUCAGACAUCAGAGGGCUACAACAUUGAUCCCCAUCUAUUGCACAAAGUCAAGAACAUCAUCCUCAAGGACGAAAUCCACAACCAGGCCUUCCAAUCUGGUUCCUCCGGCCACGGAAUCUCUUCCCACUACGGAGCUCCGGUCUACGGCGUGCCCCACGAGAGGAUUGUGGGCAUCGAGCUAGGCCACAUUCAGCAGGGAAUCCAAGUCGCACAGUACCACCAGGCUGAUGAAGGUUACGGUGGUGGUUACGCUGGUGGAUACGCCGGCGGUUACUCAGGUUACUCCAACGACGGUGGUUACGCCAGCGGUGGUUACUCCAGCGGUGGACACGGUUACAACGGUGGAUCCAUCUCUUACUCUGCUCCCUCACUCACCUACACCACCAUAGGAGCUCCAUCUGGCUCGUACGGAGUACCAUCUCUUUCCUCCUCCUACGGCGUGCCUCACCAUUAA